UUUCAGCAAAAUUUGCAGAAAUCGUUGAGAAAACAUUUUGCCAUAUUUUCCUGAACCAUGACAUCACAACUACCAAAGAAUAUUUAUAUGGAAGCCCCAAUUUCUAGUGCUCCACCUGCUUAUACUGAAGUUGCUCUGCCGGCCUAUACGGUAGCAUCUGGAACCGCUGCUGGCAGUCAGAUGGCACCGUCCAGGGUACAUGUAACUGAACGAAUUAUAUACACAGAUUUUAGUAAUCAAAGGAUUCCACGAAAAAAUCAACAGGUACCAAGAUCCCAACGGAAUAGCAACUGUUGGUGCAUUGCUUGCAUAUGCAUACUCAUAAUAUUUCUUUUUAUUAUCAGUAUAGUUUUUGCUACCCAAGGUUAAUGGUCCGCACUUGAAUAUACAAUAAUAAUUGUUUUAAUUCAGCUGCUUUUCAGCAAUGAAAUUUAACCAACUGA